AUCUCUUUGUCAGUGUAUUUCAUGUUUUAUUGGAGAUAGCUAAAAAUUUCACCAAAUUUCAGUAUGUCCACCAAUGGUGGAAGUCUUGAAGAUUGUCACACGAACGUCUUUGCUUUGACGGAAUUGAAUGGCCUCAAAUGGAAAUGCUUAACAACACCUUUGUCACAAAGAACGUGGACCAGUCUGGAGCAAGAUCCUGUGUUAAGUGCUUACGCAAGAUGUUUACAAGCAGGAAUUCUUUGUGCUUGGAGACGACAACCACCACAACCAACUGGGACACUUGCAGCUAUGCAGUUACCAGAUUACAGGAUAGAUGUUGUAAAAGAAUUGUGGGUUUUCUGGUACUCUCACGAGGAACCGGAUUGUCUCACUGAAUAUACCAGUCAUUUGGCUUGUACUGAAGAUGGUCAAGGCAACUGGUCGAUACCCGGUAUACAGUAUGAGACGAGGACAUUAUUUUUCAAGGCACUACAUAAUUUGAUAGAACGGAAUAUGCUAAAAAAUGGAUAUAUUCGUAUUGGAAAAUAUUUUACACGUCCUUACGAAGUGCCUUCAUCUGAUCGUAUACACUGUUCUCCUAACUACGUGAAUGGGAUCAGUUUCAAUUUUUUCGUUCAUGGUGAAAAUACUGUUUGUGCAACUGUUUCUGUGCAACGACAGCCUACUUUGUUUCGCCUUUCACGACGCCAUUUGGAUUUGGGUAAGAAACAACCGGUGAUAUUAGGACCAUGGUCGAUGCGUGCUGUAUUACUACCCGAACAACCGAGGAUUUUGGAUUCCGCUACACCAAUAUUACAGCAACAGCCUCCCACACCACAUUGCGGUAGUUUUACCAGUUCCUCAGCGCCAUAUUCAAGCAGAUGUCGUGAGCCGUUAUCUUCUGUUGUACAUCAAGUAAAUCCAGUUCCAUCCUCAUCGGUCGAUUCCGACACUGUUAGUAGUAGUUAUGAUGGUACAGGAACUAUUUCAAAAGCUGCUGUGGACAAAUUGUGGUCUGAAUGGCUCCAGUUUUUCUGUUUAAUUGUUAAUGUUGAAAGGAAUAUAAGUUCGGCAGAUACUGUUGGUUAUAUUGGCUACACCGAAAAUGCAUCACCAACCAAAAGUAGUCUGCCAAAAAUGGUUUUAGUGGAUGUGGAUGGCGUUCAUAUGUGGUACCCAAGUUCACUGAUUGUUGUCCAGGCUUCCGAUGACCUGUUGAUGAGACAGAAUGAAAAGACUACCAAUGAUGACGAUUCAGACUUUCUCAAUAGCAGAAGUAACAGUAGCAGUUUUACUGCGCGAACACCACCGGCUACUGGAGGGCAUACGAGGUUACGAAGUACUCCAUCAUUCCGGAAACGGAAAAAGAAGCUGAGCGAAUGCGACGGAGGACUCAGUGCUGAACGGCAUAAUGCAAUGUAUGGAACGAUGGUAAAUGGCGCACGUUCAGCACAAAGGUUUUUUGAAGAAUCCUUCAUUGCUCCAGCAAAUAAUCGACGCAAAGAGAACACGGAAUCACCCUCGUCUUCUGGUUUGGGUCUUUUGAUGUCAGCUGCUACAAGUGAUGAUGACUGCCGGUGGAAUUUUACGGAUGGAAUGCGACGAAAGGAUCGUGAAGAAGAAUGUGGUUGCCAUCAAUGCCGUAUACAGCAUUCUAGCGGGACUGCCACUAUGUCCAAUUUAUCAUCUCAAUGUAUAGCACCUCAGCAAGGCAUGUACGUUUGUAUUGGUCAAGAUCCUAGUCAGUCAUGUUGUGCACCAAUUAAUUUUUCGAGUAACGGUUCCAGUUUGAAAGCGAAGAAGGAAAGACCAGUCAUAUUCCAUCGACGUUCUUCAUUUUGUGCACGGUCUCUAUCACCUCCACGAUCACCGCCUUGGGAAAAGAAAAUUCUAGCUACCAGUUCGGAAGUUUUAGAUGGUGAACCUAAUCUUGACUGGAUACGUGAAAGCUAUUUUCCUAAUUCUAGAAGUAGUUCAAGAUCUGGACGUACAGAUUCAAUGCAUGAAGAUAGGCAUAUAUGUCCGAAAACACCAGAUGCUUUGGGGAUAACGGGAAAUGCAGAACGUCGACGGGUGCAAAGAAAUUCCGUGCAAAUGUUUAGUAAAAUUGGAAGCUGUAAACCAGUCUAUCAAAAUUUAAGUCCUACUAGUCGACCACGAUCCCCAGCUUGUGAUACAUCCCAAACAGAGUCAUUAAAUCGGAUGCAAUCGAAAGAUUGUUUAAGCAAUGAUUUCGCUUCAUUAUCAGCUAGAAAACGUGGGCCUACGAUUGCUGAACAACAACCUAAUUUAAUUAACAGCCUGCGACUGAGAAAGGACAGAAAAUCUAAGGGGCGAAAACGAAAAGCGGAUGAAAAGUUAGAAUGGAGUGGUAUUGAAUCACUGGAUGUGUCGUUUCUGACAGCAAAAGUUGGUGAAGAUAAUGAGGAUGGUGAUGGCAUUAAUUUUACAUGCUCUAAUGACUUUAACCUUCAUGAAUGCAAGUUGGAAAUCAAUAACGGAGCAGUCGAAUCCUCGGGUAGUAGUCGGUCUGCAGUACCGCAAACUGGAUCUUCUCUUAAUAAUAUUUUAACCUCUCAGGCGCAAGACGGUUUGCGCAAUUUGCCGGUGUUCUCGCAAAUCGGGUCUGUUUUGCCAUCAAGUGCAAGUGUUAACUUAACUUCUAGUAUUUUUACUUCGGAUUGUGAUACUCAGCCUUUGUUCCUCGACGAUUGUAAUCCAUCCGCUAUUGCAGUGAUCGAAAGAAGAAGUCCGGUUGAUACUGUUGUAACCGAUUCGGUGCAUUUGUCGCCUCCAGCAAGCAAUGAAAGAGUUGAGCCUACGCAAAUUUUGGGAGGAACUGUUGCAAAUGUGAUGGCACGUGUUGGCGGACCUCCAUCAGUUGGUGAUUAUAUGAUAUAUCCAACUCCACCAUCAGUUGAUGCAACUCAAUCGCAACAAUUUAGUCCGCAAAAUACGCUCAUACAAGCAAAUCCAACUAGUAUCCUUUAUCCGCCAACGGUUUCUUAUAUGGCAGCAGCAGCGGCAGCAGUAAAUCUUUGCCAUAGUAUUCCUCCUGCGCAACUACCUCCUAGUAUCAUUUCGGAAACUGAUAUUACUACCGAUAUCGCCUCAUCUGUGAAACGGGAAUUUGAUAAUGACGAUGAAAGACUUCUGGGUAAGCUGCAUUAUUCAAUUGAUGAAAAGCCGGUGUACGGUAAAUUUAUGAAGCUGGAGAUGACACUAAGUGGAAAGUUUGCUGGAAAUAUACUUGCCAAGGAAUUUUUAUCGCUGGAGGCAAAAAAAUGUCGAAUGCUGGAAGGUGUCUAUGCAGAUCAGUUAAAGCUUAUCAAAACAGCCGUCGCAGCGCGUGAGAAGCGGAAAAAAGUGGGUCGUGCUCCAGAUUAUUUAUUUAUGCGUGAACGCCUCCGGAAUCUUGCUCCGCACUCACCUUUUGCAACAGUGCGUCAUUAUCGAAUGCCAUACAACAAUGGUCAUAUGCUUCCUUCGCAUUGUCUACCAACUUUGCAAAUGUUACCACAUGGUAUGUCGAUGAAUGGUGUGUCUAAUUACGUUACUAACGGACCACCAUUUACGGGAACAUCCUAUAAUGCCAAUAAUUCAGUGAUGAGCUUGAUUAUGGGUAGUGGUUGUAUGCCAUCUGGUGGUAACGCUAUCAUGCAACCGAUGCCUGUUUCCUCACGAAUUGGUGUCGUUCAUAUGAAUCAGCAAAUGCCAAUGACACAUCUUCGACCACUAGCAAGGAUGCCAUCCAUACCGCCAUAUGCUUCAUCACAAAUGGGUGCACUGCAACAUACUCCUUUUAUGGGCCAAUCAGCUCAGUUCUGUGGUCCUCCUGGAGUGAUGAACGCUCCUAAUCCGAUCUGUUCAUUCCCGGGUGGUCCAAUUUGCUCGAUGAGUUCUGGUCCAAUGCAGUCAUCGCACAUGCUUGGUGGAAUGCAUGGUACAACUCCAUCGCAACCACCGCAGUCACUGGGUGCAAAUACUAUACAUUCGACGGGACCACCAAACGGACAGUUCUCCAUACAACAGCCGCAACAACCAUUCCAACAACUGAGUCAUUUUGUUAACAAUGCCAAUUUCAAUGGACAGAUGGGAAUGGGAAUCGUGAAUCCAUCGCAGCAAAAUACCUACCAACAGCAGAUGAUGUUUCGGUGUCAUAUGAGUGGAAAUUUACCAGCGCAGCAUCCCAUUCAUUCAUCAGACUCCUAUGGAAUUGAUUCGCAGAGUCAUGCGUCAGUCGAGCCACCGCCAUCAUUUUCUCAAGCAGUCAACCAUCAGUAUGCUGCAGUGCAUAACGUUCAAGCUGGUUCAAUGAUGUAUUCACAGUCGGGGCACAUAAUGCGUCCGAAUACAUUAAUGGCGCAAGCGCAGAAUCCAAACAUGAUGUGUGGUCCACGGACAUCGCAGAAUCCCAUGAUGACGGUACCAUCAUCCAUGGGAAGUCCCAAUAAUGGUGGAAUAUUCGGAAGCCGCCUAAUGAAUAUGCCGCAUGUCAUGGAUACAACUGCUGUUCCAACGAGUAACAUACGGACGAAUCCGGAAGGGAAAUCCUUGGUACUCGCUGUACUGCUUCAGGAUACCGUUCUAGAUCUUCAUUAUGAUUCAGUCUUUGAUGCUUGUCCAAUUUGUUCAUGUAACGGUAGCAUCAGAGCAAAGGAACUUGGAGUCUAUAUAACGCCACCCGAAGUGCUGAGACAACCAGCAGCGCAGCAGCAGCUAAUUGUUAGUAAACCGACUAGUGGAUUUUAUAAUAACACAUCGAAUUCAUGUAACUGUGGAUUUAGUGCUGUGCGACAUCGUUACUUAAGUAUGAAAGCUGGUUUAUUCGCUGAAGAUGCUAAAGAAGCAACUGAUAUCAAUGAAACCCAAAGUCAGCCAGCAAUCCCACAUACCAUUUGGUUCGACUCAAUGAGUGGACGGGAUAUGAAUUUCAUCGCUUUGUUACGUGAACAAACACUUGUACGGGAUCUUGGUGGAUUGUUAGAUCAGGUCACGUUACUCAGCCUGCAGUGUGAGCGAGCUUCGCAGACGGAGCGCAUCGGAUCCGAUUCAUCAAAGCAUUGCGAGUAUAUCAUUUCGGAAGUGGAUCAACGGGAAUUACCUUUGGUAUUUCAAGCUGCUUGCGAGGUUGCUUGUAUGGAAAUGAAUUGCCGACGUCCACCACACGAUGUGCGAAGUGUGCUUCUUCAUGACUGGGGAGUUCAGGUAUCAAACGAAAUGCGUGAACCACGUGAAUCUGAAUGCAUGGCACUGUUGCAAGAAAUUGGACCAAUUCUGGAAGAAUCUUUACGAAUUGCUCGUUCGUCACCACUGUUCGGAAGUAAUAACAUAGUGGAAGGGCCACUUACAUGGCGAUUUUUCGAUCGCAAAGCAUUGAAAGCUGCUGGGGGAAUGGAAGAUGAUAGUGGACCAGAAGCGGUGCCAAAUAUAGUUGUUGCAUCGGAAAAAGAUGCAGUUAUAACAUCACCACAGAUCAUAAGAUUGUGGGAAAAAAUGUCAUUGGAACCAUAUGAUCAGCCGAAAGAUGUACUUUAUAUCGGUGUUGUUCCGGAUAAUUUGAUUUGCAUUGAAAAAACAAAAAAUAUCUUAUGGACUUAUCAAGCAAAUUAUGUAUUAUUGAAAUCUGUCUCCGGUUGCAGAAUGUACGAGCAGUGUCGUUUUGGUCGUCAUAUACCAUUUUCACGGGAAGUAUUACGAGAUGGUCUGUUGCGUGUUCCGACGCGGUAUCCAGCAACGAAUCCGGGUGAAUGUGAUAAUUUCCUGAAUCAAGUCGAGCGACAUAUUGGCGAUAAUAAGUCGUUGAUUACGCGAUUAAAAGUGUAUAUGCAGUAUUUCGAAAAUGAAAUGGCCCGUAUAUUGAUUAAUAACGAUGAUAUCUUCAGCCGAGACAAAUAUCGUGCUGCUUUGGCUGAUAAUCAGAUGCAUUCUUUACCGCAUGUUUCGAUGGCAAGUUAUCAGUGUGGAGGAUAUACAGUAUCAAGUUCUGACCACAUGCCACCACCUUCGGCACCUGGAAGUAUUAUCAUUUCCGGUCAGUCCAGUGAAGCUUCACAUGGUCCAAGUAGUACCAGUGGUCCAAAUUCAUCCAGUGCAACUUCUGCAAGCAUUGGCGAAUCCUUGACACCAGAGGGUUCUAUCGGUGAUGGAAGUGCUCAAAAUAUGAACAGUUUUUCAUCUUUCAUGACUGAACAAUUAGUUGCUGAUGGUAUCAUAGCGGAGGAUGAACCCGGGACUCUACCUCAUGUUAUUGUCAUCUACCUCGUGAAUCCGUUUUUAUUGGGUGCUGAAGAAAAUCCACUUGUUGCAAGAGUUGUUACGGUUGCUUUGAUGCGUGCAUUUAAUGCACUCCUUUACCGUUUAAACAAUAAGCGUCGACCGCAACUACAACUGGAAAUGAUUGCAUUACAAAGUAUUUUCGAUUAUUGUGGUGUUUCUGCAGAUUUCUUAAAGGACGAACGUGGACGUCUGAAUGGCUAUGAUCAGGGACGUUUGGAGAAAUCACAAAAUGAACGGUUAUCAUCAUCCGAUUCACUCAAAACUAUUGCAUUUUCGGUUUAUACACAUUCGCGUGUGGUAUUACCGGAUAUUGUGCGUGGGAUUUUGCCAAAAAGCAUGACACGUUUUGGUCCCGCAUCAGCUAUGGUUGAUUUGUUGAACGAACUGGAACGAAAAGAACCUAUUUAUUACAAGGUCCCAAGCAAGCCAUUCAUUCUCGCCCCACCAUCACCAGUAAUGCAGCGUCCGAACUGUGAUCUCAUGCAAAUCAGUACCGAUGAAGCUGUACUGUUUGUUAGUUAUUGUUUAAUAGGGAAUGACUGGCUUGCUGCCACAGUAACGGAUCAUCAGGGCCAUUCGCUGGACAACUGUCUAAUUAAUUUGAGGUUAAAACCUGACCAUAAAAGAGUGAACAUGAGAUACAAACAGUCAACACAGAUCCGGGAUAGUUUAUAUCGUCUAUGGUCAUACAUUCUGGGUACUCUGGCUAACGGCACCAGGAACUGGCGGCUUGUUAUCGGUAGGGUUGGACGAAUUGGUCAUGGAGAAUUUAAGUUUUGGACUCAAAUCCUCAGUAAAUCUUACUUGAAACAGGUUGGGACGCGCAUGAAACAUGUAUGUCGGGCAUGCCAUGUGAUGCCCGGGACUUCGGAAGUUCCCGGAGUGUUGUCAGCUUGUUUGGUCAGUCUGGAGCCCGAAGCUCAUCUUCGUGUUUUCCCAUCAUCUUUUCAGCACGAUGAUCGUUUCCUGAAAAAUUCCCGACACCGUACAUUGACGACACCGGAUGAUACAAGUUGUACACAUAUUUUGGUUUUCCCUACUAGUCCCGAGUUGAAUUUGGAUCAUCAAGGUGGAAACGGCGUUGCCGAGUUGGAAGAGGAUGAUUUUUCAAAUUUGUUGACCGAAGAAAUUGGUGAGGAAUUCAGUGAACUAAUUGGAAACGGUGAGGAUCUGAUGACAAAUGGAACUGGACCACCGCCACAAUCGACAAGCUUUCGACUAGGUGGAAAUACAGGGAUUCCAAGUGAAUAUGCUGAUCUUUCGAUAGAAAAUCAGCCACUUGCAACUGGUUACUAUAUUUCAACAGCACCAGCAUCUGAUUUGCCAGAAUGGUUCUGGUCAGCGUGUCCUUCUGCAAAGCGACGAAAUCCGGUACACCUGAAAAGUUCACUUCAUUUAAAUACACCGAAUGUUCAGCAAGGCGAUGACAUCUCGUCAUUUGGUAAGGGUACCGAAGCUUGCCAUCAUCAGUUGGAUAGCCAGGCAACAGCUGAUGUUCUCAGGUAUGUUUUGGAAAUGUACAAUGCCUUAUCCUGGCUCAAUAUGGAUCUGGUAAAUGGUGAGCGGCGUUCCUGUCUACCCGUUCAUAUUCAAGCUCUUAUGUGGCUUUGCAAUGCUGUUAAUCGCUUCAUCAAUUAAAGGAUGAUAGAAUUAAAUGUAUAUCUUGUCUUAAGCUCAAAAGGAUGUGAUAUUUGAGGUUUCCUACCUGAUUGUUGAUUUUCAAAAUUGAUUUAGUCUGAAAAGACG